AAUCAAGCCUUCGGCCAGUGGAGGAAUGGGAAACUUCCGACAAGACGACGAAGACGAACUCUCACUGUGAGAGUCUUCGCUUCGAUUUGCUUCGUCGAGAAGGCUUUUAUUGUCAUUUCAGAUCUCUCUCUCUCUCCGUGGCUUCGAUUUCAGAUUCUCUCGUUGGCACUUGGCGUUGCAGAGAGAAACACUUGUGCAAUUCUUAUUGGGCCUCGCUUUUUUAGCGGGAAAAUUUCAAGCUCUUCCUCACCUAAUCACUGACCUUGACCUAAUCUCUGUUUUUUCUGAAGACUCUGAUAGAGAUAGAGAGAAAGAGAGGGCGAGAGAGAGAGAGAGAUGGGGGCGUCGGACAAUGUGAAGGGGCUGAUACUGGCGGUGGCGUCGAGCGUCUUCAUCGGCACCAGCUUCAUCUUGAAGAAAAAGGGCCUCAAGCGCGCCGGUGCCGCUGGUACUCGUGCAGGAGUUGGAGGUUACACUUAUUUAGUAGAGCCACUUUGGUGGGCAGGCAUGGUGACAAUGAUUGUUGGAGAGGUUGCAAACUUUGUGGCUUAUGUCUAUGCUCCAGCAGUUCUAGUAACCCCACUUGGGGCACUGAGUAUAAUUAUCAGUGCUGUUUUGGCUCAUUUCUUGUUGAAGGAACGUCUGCAGAGAAUGGGUAUUGUAGGAUGUAUAUCCUGCAUUGUGGGAUCAGUUGUAAUUGUAAUCCAUGCACCUCAGGAGCAUACUCCAACUUCUGUAGAAGAAAUCUGGAAUCUGGCAACACAACCAGCGUUUCUAAUAUAUGUUGCAGCUACACUUUCAAUAGUGCUGGCCUUGAUUUUGCAUUUUGAAUCUCGCUAUGGGCAAACAAACAUGCUGAUCUACUUGGGAAUUUGUUCUUUGAUGGGUUCACUUACGGUUGUAAGCAUAAAGGCCAUUGGAAUUGCAAUUAAACUUACGCUGGAGGGUGUAAGCCAAAUAGCUUAUCCUCAGACUUGGUUUUUCUUCACUGUUGCAGUGAUCUGCGUCAUUACGCAGCUAAAUUACCUGAACAAGGCAUUGGAUACAUUCAGUGCAACAAUUGUUUCUCCAGUAUAUUAUGUUAUGUUCACAACUCUGACUAUCAUCGCUAGUGCCAUAAUGUUCAAGGAUUGGUCAGGUCAGACUGUCAGCAGCAUAGCUUCUGAGAUAUGUGGAUUCAUCACUGUGCUUUCAGGAACAAUCAUACUUCAUGCAACCAGAGAACAGGAACCACCUCCUACACAAGGGACUGUAACAUGGUACGUCAGUGGGGAUUCAGUGAAAGGUUUUGAAGAAGAACAUCUGAUCACCAUACACAAUUCAGAUGGUCUUGAACAAUGAGUUUGUUUGUUUUUUUUUUCUUCUUUCUUUCAAACAAGAGAACAUGAUUCCCCAGCAAUGAAGGAACCCGCGGCUGCUGUUAAGAGUAGUAGAGUUGGAAGCUCCUUGUUUUCUCUGGACAUACUUCGGGUAUCAAUGGUCCAGCUGAAACAUCCGCUUCCGUUCUUCACAAGCCAGGAGACAAGAUCCUCCGAUCACCAGAAUCUUCGCAUGAUGGACUAUUCUCUACUCAGAUGGGGGUUACAGAGCUGUAUCAGAGGCAGUGGAGAUGCCUAACGUGAGAUCGUGGCAGGCUUCAUGAUCUUUUUUGGCUGUACAAAUUUGUGUUUUUAUUUUUUCCCCAUUAAAUAAAUUGAAGUUAGGGGUUUGUAUCAUUCCAUUCUUUUCUUCUUUUGAGUUUGUUUAAUCGAGGAUUUUUUUUUUUUUUUUUUUUUUUAUAGCUGUUAUAUUGUCAGUAUAAUCACACAAUUAAAGGAUCCAACACAUGCUUGAUGAGUUGUAAAAACC